AGUCUGAGCGGAUGGAUGCCUGACAGAUGCGUUCAUGGACCAAGAAGCCCAGUCCCAACUGCCCUGCCCAGGGAAGCCGCCGCCGCCGCCGCCGCGCGCCCCUCGCCCAAUAAACACUGUCCUCACGUGACCCGUCCCAUCCACGUGUGCAGCCGAACUCUGUUAGCGAAUGAGGAGGCCAGCAGGGCCGAGGUGACGGCGGCUGGACAGAUCCCGUCGCCAGGGCCGGCCUCCUGCGCGGGGCUGCUGUUGUUGCUGCUGCUGCUCCUCCCCAGCGCUCCGUUUUCCCGGCGGCGGCCUCCGCCUCUCCCGAGCGCGGGAGGCGGGACUGCGAGGGCGAAGCUGCUUCCUGGUCAGCUGAGAAGGAGGAAGGAGCCCGACUCGCCGCCAAGAAGCGUCGCGAAGAUGGCCUCGCUCUUUAAGAAGAAGACGGUGGACGAUAUAAUUAAAGAACAGAAUCGAGAAUUGCGAGGUACACAGAGGGCCAUAGUCAGAGAUCGAGCAGCUUUGGAAAAACAGGAAAAGCAACUGGAAUUGGAAAUAAAGAAAAUGGCUAAAACAGGAAACAAAGAAGCCUGUAAGGUUCUAGCCAAACAACUUGUGCAGCUAAGGAAACAGAAAACUCGAACGUAUGCCGUUAGUUCAAAAGUUACAUCCAUGUCUACUCAAACAAAACUGAUGAACUCUCAGAUGAAGAUGGCAGGAGCAAUGUCAACAACAGCAAAGACAAUGCAAGCUGUUAAUAAAAAGAUGGAUCCACAGAAGACAUUGCAAACAAUGCAGAAUUUCCAGAAAGAAAACAUGAAAAUGGAAAUGACUGAAGAAAUGAUUAAUGAUACUUUGGAUGACAUUUUCAAUGAUUCUGAGGAAGAAGAAGAAAGUCAGGAUAUUGUGAAUCAAGUCCUUGAUGAAAUUGGAAUUGAAAUAUCUGGAAAGAUGGCCAAGGCUCCUUCCGCUGCCAGAGGCAUGCCAUCUGCAUCAACAUCCCAAAGUGCAACAAUUUCAGAUGAAGAGAUCGAGCGGCAGCUCAAAGCCCUGGGAGUAGAUUAAUUUGCUGCCUGCCUUCUGCAGUUACUCCAGUGCAGGCAUGCAUAUGAACUUUCAUCGCAGGUUUCAAUAAAAGCCAAAUUCCUCUUAUCUAUCUUGCCACAGCUAUCUCUGGUGAUAACGAAUUCUAGAGGCAGUUGGAGAAAUCAGAUGGAAUCUAUUGCAAGAGAACAAUACAAAAUGAUUAUGUACAAAGCAUCAUGCAUAAUGCAGACGCUGUUUCUGUACAGCCCAAUUUGGUAGGCAUGUAAGAGCUUCCGUUAUGUGGGAAUCUUAAUUUGAAUUGGUUAUAGUUAUCUGUUUCUCCCAAAAUGCCUUGCUUGACCAGCAUUCAUUUUCUUUCACAUUUGUAAAUUUUCUGAAGUUAUUGCUGGCAGCCCUGUCUGGAGGCAGAAAAGGUAAACUAAGUAUCCUGCAAGCAAAGAGUGAGGUUUCUUGAUGUAAUAUAUUACAUUUUAAAUGAGACUGUUGUUUCUUUCAAAUGGGAGGUGGCAUUUAUUUUCUUCAGGUGAAGGAUGUGUUUUAACUGUUCAGAGGGCCUUUUUAUAAGCGCCUUUCUAGCACAUUGUUGUUCAUUCAGCCUUGUUUUGGAAUGAUACAUGCAUUUCCGAUUAUCCCAAGAUCUGAGUGCAGUUCUGCUAUAGUGAGUGGAACCUUCCUGAAAGCAAGCUUGUGUGCCAUCGGUAUUUUGGUGUAGCAGAUUGUCUGUAAGGAAAGUACUAAACAAACUCCAUUGUACUGUAACUUAGCUAACUUGAAGAGAAUUGUGUGCCUUUGUGUACAUAGCCCAUACUUUCUUAUUAAGCUUUUGAAUUGUGGAAAAUUAAUGUUAAAGCCAUUCUCUCAACUUAUACAGCACUGAAAGAGUUACACAGACUCAACAGCAACUGCUGCAAAGUAUGUUAAUUUAAUGUCUGGAGAAAACACUUUUUCUUGUGUACAUAUUGUGAUGCAUCAUUUUUUCCAGCAAAAAGUGCUAUCUUUGGGGGAGAAAUUGUCUGAUGUAGUAAGUUUAUGUUGAACUGAUUUCUUGCACAUUAACAGAAAUAAUUAUGUCUGUCUAUUUAAAGUUAAUGGAUUUACUUGGGAGUUUAAAAUCACAACUUAAAUAAAAGACUGGAUAUCUUGACAUAUUAUAGGAAAUGGGGUAUACUGGGACUCUAUAUCAGUAUUUACAGUGGGAAGUGAAAAGGAGUUAUGCUUCUUUUCGCUGCCUUGUGGAAAUAAUCUAGACUUUGGAAAUGCAUCUGCUGAUUGUCCUUGAAGAAAAGGACAGGAAAGCAACUACUGUGGUUCUGGCCAUAUACUGCAUUAAAGUAGGGCAUCAGCAACAGUUUUGAGAGCCUGGAGCUCCAAUUCUUGGCUGGAUAAACAUAAGGUCAGAGCAAUCUGCGUUACACAUUUAAUUGGGGUUUAUCAUUUUACAGGACAGGUGGCAGUAAGGCUACCUGGGUGACCCUUUCUUUUUAUGGACUUUAUAAAUAUCAAAUAAAUAAAAGCUUUUAGUUCCUCCAAUGUUAUUGCCACUUGCAAGAUAUUAUUUUAUAGUUUGCCUAGAGUGCGUAUCCAACAUGGUGCCUGUGAGCUCUGACUCCUUUUCUGGGACCCAUCAGGUGUUUUUAACUAGAGGGUGGGGCACUUUCCCAGCAGGGCUUCUGAUUGACUGGGCAGAUUAAAAUAACAUGGUUAUGGUAGCAGCUGCCAACACAGUGUUGGCCUAAUUUUUUUUCAGAGUAUUUAUUAAAUUAUUUAUCUUCUCUCAACACUUGGGCUUCCUUUUUGAGUGUGGUUCUCACCUCUUAUGGCAACCAGUUUGCAGUUUGCUUUUCCUCUCGUGACAGAAAUUCUGUGGUUGCACCAACCACCCUGUGUCUGAAUUUCAAAGGCGCCACAGAGUCAAAAUGGUUGCCUUAUACUUAUAUAAGUUAAACUAGCUGCAGCAUCUGUUCACAUUUUAUUCAAGACUAGUGAUUCAACCAAAACAUGAAAGCAAGUUUGCCCCUGAUGGAUACUAAGUUGCACUGACAUAUCAGGAACCAUAGCUAAUGGAGCUGUUCAUUCAUUAAACAAUAUUGAAUUGGUAUUAAUGUUUCCUGAGCUCUUGUCUAUGAUACAGGGAAGGAAAUGAAGGUAUCCGUGUAAGCAAAGUAGUGUGGCAAGCAUGAAGAAGGCAAGCUGCUGCUCUUGAAAGGGGAGGAAAUCAGUCAGCUAGACAACCAUCUUUUCUGUUAAGGAUAUAUUUAAAACCCAGUCAUAUACAAAGAGUUAAAUAUACAUUUACUCUCAAGUAAAUAAGCACAGCAUUGCAGCCUUAUUAGAAUCUACCUCUCUCAUCUGUUGAAUCUUAGGCCCCUUCCGCACACGCAAAAUAAUGCGUUUUCAAACCACUUUCACAACUGUUUGCAAGUGGAUUUUGCUAUUCCGCACAGCUUCAAAGAGCACUGAAAGCAGUUUGAAAGUGCAUUAUUCUGCAUGUGCGGAAUGAGCCUUAAGAAAAAAAUUUUUUUACUUGUGAAUGGUGUUCCCAGCUCAUUUUAUUGUUGUUCCAGACCUGCUGUUCUUUUUAGUAACUGGUACAAGUCAGACAUUUUUCAGGUGGAAGAGCUUGCUGUGGCGUCAUGCCAUUCCACAGAAAAACAUGGUUUCCUGAACAGACACCAAAGUGGACACAGGAGACCUGCUGUGAAAAGUAAUGGCAGAAUCAUGGCUUUUGUAUGUGGUUGCUUGAUUUUGUGCUCCUUGGACUACAUAUGGUACCACAAAACACAGCCCAGACCAUAUAAAGAAUUCAUUGAAUAGUAGCUGCAUUUUGAAACUAAAUAAAAAUAGCACAAUAAAAUAAGAACAAAUAUAUGUGUAAUACAACUCUUUCUCUCUAUCCCCUAUUCUCUUGGGCGGCCCCCACCCAAAAAUGUAUUUUUAGGUUUGAACAUUGUUGAAUAACUUAAACCAAUAAAUAAAGUCAGUCUACCAUGUU